AUGUCAAGCGGGCCAACCUGGUCAGGGCAAGCGACUCAACUUGCGGCGCCGACCAUGGAGGUCUACGACGAGAUCGAGGUGGAGGACAUGGAGUACGACGAGGAGAAGGAGACGUACUACUACCCCUGCCCAUGUGGCGACAAGUUCCAGAUCACACGCACACAGCUGAUGGAGGGCGAGGAGAUUGCCACCUGCCCGUCAUGCUCGCUGGUCAUCAUGGUGGUGUACGACCCGGACGACUUUGACGACGACGACGACGACUCUAGCUCUUCCGGCUCGUCCUCCGAGUAG